AAUUUCGAAAUUGAUUUUAAAGGAACUUGAUUAAAAAUACACCAUUAAGAACCAUUAUUUUUUAUUCUCUCAACACUUUUUGGUAAAAUAGAAAUAAUAUUUAAGGAAAACCUCCACUACUCCGGCACUUUGCCGACGAACUGAUCCAAGAACCCCAACUUGGUUGGAACCUUGCGUAGUGGCGGGCUGAUGCCCUUGAUUCACUUUUGAAUAUUUAUGCUAUAAUGCUAUCAAAUCCCCAACACCGACGUAAGACACAACAACAAACAACAAUACAUUAAACAAUCUAAAAAAAAAAAAAGAAAAUAACAAAAAACAGAAAAUUAGAAAACCUAAAAGUAGAAAAUUAUUUGAACAACUGUCGGAACUGACGGAAAUCGGUGGCACAAUCGAGUGUCUGUUUUAAAUAUCUAUGUCGUUGGUGGCCAGCGAAUCAGUUGACUCUCUUCUGGAACCCAGUUAACAUGCGUUGGGUGGUAUUCUUGGCAGUGCUUCUCCUGGCCUGGAGCCAGGAGCAGUCCUCCGUCGGGGCGGAGAGCGGAAAAACGGAGCACAAGGUCAGCGAGGAGUGGAGCUGGCGGGAUAGCGAUGGAAACAAUGGAUCUGGUGGUUCAGAAUACUCCUAUGUGGAUGAUAUGCGGGAUCUUGAGGAUUACGAGGAUGACUUGGAUGACCUGGAUGACCUGGAUGACCUGGAGGAGGAGGAGGACGAAGAGGAUGACUUUGAUGGCGUGCCGGACUUUGAAAUGGACAACAAUGAGGAUGAGGACAGCUGUGAGUAUAGCUGUCCCAGGUACUAUCGUCCGGUCUGUGUUCUCCGGAACGGGCACAUGGUGACCUAUGCCACGCCCUGCGAGUACCACAACCAGGUGCGCUGCUCCAUCGUCCAGAAGAGUCGAGGGGGCACCAGAGCGCCCACCUUCCAGUUCAUCCACAACGGAAACUGUGCAAAAAAAUCAUUUUAAAAUUUUAAAGAAUAUAAAAAGUAA